AUGUUGGUGGGGCGCUCCCAUUUCCUCGAUGAGUCGAUCGGGCCUCUGAGAUCCAGACGAGGUUGUACAACAUGCAAAGCCCGUCGGGUCAAAUGUGGCCAGGAAAAGCCCGCGUGCGUGCGAUGCAGCCGCACCGGUCGCCGCUGCGAGUACAGCCGACCGACCGCGUCCUUUGCUUCUGCUCCGGCCACGCGGACGGUUCUCGACCAUCCCCUGUCCUCCUCGCCCAGCACCGUGUGGCGGGAGCGUCGCGCCUUUGCCUACUAUUUUCACGAGGCGGCCGUGUCCGUGGGGGGUGCGCUGGACGUCGACUUUUGGCGUACGAUCAUCCCCCAGGUGUGCCGGAACGAGCCGGCCGUGUGGGAUGCCAUGAUCGCGCUUAGCGCGCUGCUUGAGAGCCCCGAUCUCUCCCCGGACGUGAUCGCCUUCCGUCGACACCAUGGCCUCGGUCUCAAUGAAAACCAACGAGACGCGCUGGGCUGGUACUCGCGCUCAGUAGCGGCCGUUCGUCGACACAUUGAGCGGGGCGGCGUCGACCUCUUCGUCGGCCUGGUGACCUGUGUUUUGUUCAUCUGCAUUGAAGCCCUCAUGGGAGGCAUGCGGGAAGCCGUGCAACUCUACGACCAGGGCGUCCAGCUCAUUCUCACAUUGCGUGGUCAAAUCGCAGGUGGCGUCGUGACGGGGACCCAGGCUUCCUUGCUGGAGGACACCAUCGUUCCCAUUUUCGUCCGGCUCGGGAUGCUCUCAACGCACAUCAUCGCCCUCCCCGUGAACGCCCUCCUGGCUGCGACCGAACAUCCCACGGUGACGCGCUUUCCGUCUCUCAAGGCGGCCCGGGAGGCGAUCGUUCUCCUGGCCGCCGAGGUCCAGCUCUUUGAGCAGACCUGCAACGACUAUCUUCUCAUGUCGCAGGCAUCCCGGGUCACGGACGAACUAAUGCAGCAGCAGCAGAGUCUAUUUACGAGGUUGCAAGGCUGGUACUCGGCUUUUAUCGCUUUGACGGAACACCCAUCUAAUCCCGACCCUUCGUCACGCCCGCUGAUGAGCACUCGUGCGUUGCUCCUAACGUAUUACGAUAUGUCCUUCGUGAUUGUCGCAGUCUGCGUGAUGCAGUCACGGCUCGGUCAUGAUGCAUGCUUACAGAACUUCCGAAAUAUCGUCGAGCAAUCGCGCAUCGUUUUGCAGGAGCUGUCGCCCGGGGAUGGGACUCCGCCGCUGUUUACUUGCGAAAUCAGCGUAGGCUUUCCCCUCUGGUUCACUUGCCUUCGCUGCAGCGACCCGAUCACCCGGCGUGCGGCGCUCUCUCUGCUGCGGCGAGCGCACCAAGUACAAGGCUUUAGUAACCGCGACCACGGGGCGAGGGUGGGGGAAUGGGUGAUCAUGCUGGAGGAAACGUACGGGAUGGCGCUCAGCGCAGCCCAAACCACGCACCAGACGAGGACACUGGAAGCACACACUGCCGUUGUCGGGCACUCCUCCCACACUCGUGAUAUGGACGACCUCAGCCACCUCCUGAGCACCCUGGAUCUCCAAUUGGCGACCAGUCCUAGCCCCCCAUUUUCGGAGAUCGAGCCCAUAGCGCCGUCGGCAGAGCUCGUCCCGGAAGAGGCACGCAUCCGGCCGCACGGUGUGUUUCGGCCGCGAGAUGGCUUUCCGUUGGGGACCACCGAGGCAGACCUCACCAAGUGGAGUCGAAGCUCGGAUCAAACGUUCUUACAGUUUUCGAGAACGGAGCGUGAUCGGUCUAAAGACACUUGGCGGGUAAUCUACAGCUAUAUACCCGUUGAUUUUUAG